AUGUGGUACACCUAUGGGUGGCCCGCAAACCCUGAAGGGGGCGAUAAUUUCGAUGACGACGACUUGAAAGAGAGAUAUCCCGAAGCGUGGUUUAACGCUUAUACGGAUUGGUGGAAGCAGCAUACUGAAGCUUUCAUAGCCCAGGGGCUUGAUCAGGGUCACGAUAAUCUACUGUUCAAAACUGCCGAGGAAGAAAAUGUUUGGAACAUGGAAGGCGCGCUGUUGGCUGCAUGGCUGGCACUGCAAGACGGUGUGCACGCGGUCAAUUAUGCGCCUGAGAAUGUGGACCGUUACAAGUUCGAUUUUGAGCGCGACAGCAUCGAGAAGACUUUGGGAAACUUUCUUCAAUCCAUAAAGCUGGAUCAAAGACCAUUGUAG